AUGUCGGAUACAACACAAUUUCACGUGCCUGACGGCUACUCGCCGCCAUUUGCGGUAGUCUCUGGAUCGGACCAUGGAGGCAUUAUCAUCGUUGUGACCUCCAUAGGAUUGGCGAUGGCCAUAUUCUCGACCAUAAUUCGCGUCUACGUGAAGGCAGUUUCAAGACAGCAAGCCGGACUGGACGACAUUCUUCUUGCCAUUGGCACACUACUCGCAUUCGCCCAACAGAGCGUUAUCCUGGCCGCUUGCGCGAAAGGCCUUGGACGAUCAGUCGGGUUGAUACAGCCUUCUGCGCUUCGAUACGUUGAGAAGUCAUUUUACAGUAGCCAGAUUCUCACUGUCCUCGCCCUCGGGCUUUGCAAGUGCUCUGUGGCCUACUUUAUUGUCAGGCUGACCCCCAAAUCGACGAUGCAGAAAACCAUGGACUCCAUCAUCAUCGCAUCUAUUGCCUGGACCGUUGCUGCAGUCCUUGCAUUUGCACUGCAAUGCAGCCUUACCGAUCCCUGGUCCUUUGAAGAUGGCUCUUGCACAAAUGUGUAUGUUCGUGUAAUGGCCAUCUGCGCAUUCGACAUAGCACUGGAGCUGGCGCUUUUCAUGGCUGCUAUACUGCUUGUAUCCAGGCUACACACCGCCCUACUCAAGAAAGCCAUUGUCGUCUUUGCCUUUGGGUUGCGCCUGCCAAUAGUCGCCUUUAUUGCCGCUCGAAUGGCCACGUUCAAUCGAGACGAUCUCACCAACUUCGCUCGGUCUGAGAGCCUCUACUUGGUCUGGACCGUGACACAGAUCAACUAUUCACUGAUCUCAGCGACGCUACCAAUCUUCCGCCCCUUCAUCAAAGAUCUUUCAACAUUCUACGGCGCGCUGCAACACAGUGAUUCUUCCAGCGGCUCCAGAUCUCGAUCCAAAUCGUAUCAAUUGUCGACAUUUAAGACGAGACGUUCAGAUCAAGCGAAGGGCAGCAAGGGCAGCAAGGGCAGCGUACUCGGGAGUAAUCAUCAAUCCUUGAGCAAUGAUGGUCUGAUCUCGUUCGACUUUGGCGCUGAUAAUCUGGACGUUCACACAACUACUCAAUGCGAAGCUGAAGUGCAGAGCGGGCCAUCGAGGACUUCUGACAACCCUCAUCUGAGCAACCAUAGCCUGGGAAGCAACGAUAGCCAAAAGAUGAUAAUACGCGUGGAUAGAACGGUCGAUGUGGUGGACAGACCUUUAUGA